CUGCAUCGGAAUUCACAUUUUGCCAGAGAAGAACUCCUCCAAGCCCCUAAACCCUCACUCCCUCUCUCUUCGACAGCAGCCAUGGCGAUGCGUUUGGUCCGCUUCCGGCGAGCCCUCGCCGCGCCGCCCGCCCUCCGACGCCCUUGCCGCGCCAUUUCCGUCGCGGCCGUCGUCGACGCCACCGCCGGCGAUGUCUCCGCCUGCAAUCGCGCCGCGGCCUCGGUCCUCGGCGGCGGCGGCUGUGGCGUCGUCGUCGAUGCUGCUCUUCUCGCGUUCGCUGGCCUACAACGCCGGCGGCUACAACGAUGGCGGCGGUGACAAGAUCGAUCCGGACACGGUCCUCUUCGAGGGGUGCGACUUCAACCACUGGCUCAUCACCAUGGACUUCCCCAAGGACCCCAAGCCCACUCCCGAGGAGAUGGUUCGCACCUACGAGGAGACUUGCGCCAGAGGGCUCAACAUCAGCGUGGAAGAAGCAAAAAAGAGAAUGUAUGCCUGUAGCACCACAACUUAUCAGGGGUUUCAGGCUGUGAUGACUGAAGCAGAGUCAGAGCAAUUUAAAGAUCUGCCUGGAGUUGUCUUUAUAUUACCUGAUUCCUACAUUGAUCCCCAAAACAAGGAGUAUGGAGGUGACAAAUAUGAAAAUGGAGUAAUCACGCAUAGACCACCUCCGGUUCAGUAUGGGAGGCCUGGAGGUAGAGUGCGUGACCGCAAUAGAAAUUAUGACCAACCUAGAUAUGACCGGCAAGGAGGUCAAGUGCCAAACAGACAAGGGCCCCCCCAAUAUGGUUAUCAAGGACCUAUGCAGCGGGAUGGUCCGCAAAAUUAUCCUCCUCAGCAAAGUUGUGGUCCCCAGGGGCAAGGUGAAAGAAGAAAUCCCAUGCCAAUGAGCAAUAUGGAUUAUGCCCCUGGUGGAAGGGAUCCAUAUCAAGGACAGAGGAGAGAUCCGGUGCCUUCAUAUCAGGGAAAUUACAAUCAACAGGGUCAUAACAACAAUUACUAUCAGCAACAGAGAGACCUGCCGCAAGGAGAUAGAUGGAGCUCUGCACCUCCAAUGCAGAAUGCACCUCCAGUGCAGAAUGAUUAUAGGAGAGACAAUCGGAACUAUGCACCUACUCCUGGUGGAACAUAUGGGCAGGGUUCUGAUGGAUUUCAAGGGCAGGGUACUGGUAGUGCACCUGGGCAAGGAAUGAAUCCCAGUUAUGGACAGAAUUAUACGGGACAUGGCGAAGGACAAAGGUUCACACCACCAGGGCAAAGGAGCAUGCAGGAAGACCAAUGGAACAUGCAGCAAGACCAAAGGAGCUACAGACCAGAAGGACAAGGGGGAACUGAGCAAAGGAGAUACUAGGGAGCUCAAAUGGGGUCCUUGGGAUGCAAGGCUUGCAAAGAUGGUGAUUUACAUGACUUCCCUCAGGAGGAUCUAAUCUGGUUCCUGCAGGAGUGACGAAGUUUCACAUGGUCAGGAUAGUCGGUUGAGAACUUUUCACAAGAUAGUAGGUUGAGAACUAAGUCCUUUUAGAUCGUGUCAUUUUUCAUUUACUCUGGCGGUUCUCUCUAUGUUAUAGUUGUGAGGUAUGAGAUGGAUUCUUCUGUGCGUGCGUGCAAUUGCAAGAUCAGCAAACCCGCAUGGAAUCAAUAAUAUUCACUACAAGAUGGAUAGCCCAUCUCCCUCACCAAAUUAAUGUGAUCGCGAGCUGGAUUAUGCA